AUGCAGCAAUAUCAGCCAAAAUGCUAUGAAUCUGGAAGUUUAAGGGACAAUAUUAGCGAUAUUGAUAAGCUGGAAAAUGCUUUGAGCUUGUACAAUCAGAUGGUCCCGAUGAGGCCUUUGCCUAGAGUUAUUCAAUUCAAUAAACUUCUGGCCCGUAUUAUUAAGAUGAAGCAUUAUCACUCAGCUAUUUCCGUUUUCAGAGACAUGCGUGGCAACAAGGGCAUUAUUCUAGUUGAUGAUUACACAUUGGGCAUGGGCAUUGACUGUUACUGCCUCGUGGGUCGAGUGGAUUUUGGAUUUUCUCUAUUUGGUGCCCUCUUGAAGCUUGGUUUUUUACCCAAUGCUACCACCUUUGGCACAUUACUCAAGGGGGAAGGAUCCUUGCAAGAUGCAGGAGAUGUAUUUGAGAUCAUGAUUCAGAGAGGUGAAAAUUCUGAUACAGUUAUAUAUAAUGUCCUGAUGAAUGGAUACUGUUUGCAGGGCCAAAUGGAUAAAGCAAGGAAAAUUUUUGACACCGUGGUUAAUAGGGGUGUGCAUCCAGAUAUUCUAAGCCACAGUACUCUAAUGAAUGGGCAUUUCAAGAAAAAUGAAAAUGAUAAGGCCAUGCAUCUCCUCAGGGAAAUUCCACAGAGAGGUUUGAGAGCUGACGUUGGUACAUAUAAUAUUGUCUUGCAGGGUUUGUUCAGGAUGGCAAGGUAUCGUUCUGCAAGAGAAGUAUUCGUUGAGAUGCAAGCUGUUUCCUUAACUCCUGAUUUUCAUACCUACUGUACAAUGUUGGAUGGCCUAUGCAAAUGUGGACAUAUUGAGGAGGCCCUGCAAUUCCUGCAGAAAAUGCAAUUUGAUGGAGUCAAACUUGAUAUAACUAUGUACAACAUCAUUCUUCAUGGAUUGUGCAAAAGUGGGAGGUUUCAAUGUGCAGGGGAUCUUUUCAAUAAUCUUUCUUUAAAAGGAAUGGAACAUAACGUGUCAACAUAUAAAACGAUGAUUACUAAUCUUUGUCUAAAAGGUUUGCUGGAUGAAGCUAAAGAGUUUUUUGUGAAGAUCUAUGAAUCUGGAAGUUUAAGGGACAAUAUUAGCGAUAUUGAUAAGCUGGAAAAUGCUUUGAGCUUGUACAAUCAGAUGGUCCCGAUGAGGCCUUUGCCUAGAGUUAUUCAAUUCAAUAAACUUCUGGCCCGUAUUAUUAAGAUGAAGCAUUAUCACUCAGCUAUUUCCGUUUUCAGAGACAUGCGUGGCAACAAGGGCAUUAUUCUAGUUGAUGAUUACACAUUGGGCAUGGGCAUUGACUGUUACUGCCUCGUGGGUCGAGUGGAUUUUGGAUUUUCUCUAUUUGGUGCCCUCUUGAAGCUUGGUUUUUUACCCAAUGCUACCACCUUUGGCACAUUACUCAAGGGGGAAGGAUCCUUGCAAGAUGCAGGAGAUGUAUUUGAGAUCAUGAUUCAGAGAGGUGAAAAUUCUGAUACAGUUAUAUAUAAUGUCCUGAUGAAUGGAUACUGUUUGCAGGGCCAAAUGGAUAAAGCAAGGAAAAUUUUUGACACCGUGGUUAAUAGGGGUGUGCAUCCAGAUAUUCUAAGCCACAGUACUCUAAUGAAUGGGCAUUUCAAGAAAAAUGAAAAUGAUAAGGCCAUGCAUCUCCUCAGGGAAAUUCCACAGAGAGGUUUGAGAGCUGACGUUGGUACAUAUAAUAUUGUCUUGCAGGGUUUGUUCAGGAUGGCAAGGUAUCGUUCUGCAAGAGAAGUAUUCGUUGAGAUGCAAGCUGUUUCCUUAACUCCUGAUUUUCAUACCUACUGUACAAUGUUGGAUGGCCUAUGCAAAUGUGGACAUAUUGAGGAGGCCCUGCAAUUCCUGCAGAAAAUGCAAUUUGAUGGAGUCAAACUUGAUAUAACUAUGUACAACAUCAUUCUUCAUGGAUUGUGCAAAAGUGGGAGGUUUCAAUGUGCAGGGGAUCUUUUCAAUAAUCUUUCUUUAAAAGGAAUGGAACAUAACGUGUCAACAUAUAAAACGAUGAUUACUAAUCUUUGUCUAAAAGGUUUGCUGGAUGAAGCUAAAGAGUUUUUUGUGAAGAUGUAA